ACGUUAGAACCCAAAUGGCAUCAGUUUCAUGUCGUCCUCUAUUACUGUAAACCCUCGGGGGAAGGAAGGGAGGGGUGUCUCGAGCUUUGCCUAUGUGCGUCCGUGUUGUGUGACGCUGCUGCGGCGGAUUCCAGGGCUCGAGCUCGGAACGGCAGCGGGAGAGAAACAACCGCUGUUCUUCCAGGUCUUUCUUCUGUUUUACUACGUUGACUAACGGCAGGUUUUUGCCGGAGGAAUGGUUUUGAACUCAAUAUGAAACUGUGUUUUGCCAUAGCUAACAGUAUUGCACCAGAUAGUCAUGCCUGAUGUUCAUCCUUUUAUGGCUAACUGUAACAAGUAAACCUACAUGAUUGUCCAUGUAGAUCACCUUUUCCUCGUCCUGCUGGAGUGAAAUUGCUUCCAGACAGAAUCCCCAUCAGUCAUCAGUCAAAAAUGCAGUUGUAUUUCAAAAUGCCAAACACCUAGAUUCAUGCGCCCAAUCGGUACCGAGUUGGAUGGUCCUGCAGCUGAAAGCUACUCAAGCCCUUAUCCAGGCCCCCUACCUUCUUCUGAAAUGUCUCUCCUUCACGCUUUGGGCCCAGUGCAGACCUGGCUGGGACAGGAGCUGGAGAAGUGUGGGAUUGAUGCCAUGAUCUACACACGAUAUGUCCUCAGUCUUCUGCUGCAUGAUAGUUACGACUAUGAUUUGCAGGACCAGGAAAAUUACAUCUUCUUGGGCUGGGAGAAGGGAACUGGUAAGAAAUGGGGGAAGGGCAAAAAGAAGGGUACAGACUUGAGUCUUGAGGAAAUGAAGAAACAGGCUGCUGUCCAAUGUCUGCGUUCUGCAUCUGAUGAAAGCUCUGGAAUCGAAACCUUGGUUGAGGAGCUCUGCUCCAAGCUGAAGGAUCUUCAGAAUAAACAAAAAGAAGUAAAACAAGCAAACAAGAAAUCGGAAGGAUCCCAGACUCCUGAGCUUGCAGAAUCUCCUUCAUCUAAGGAUCAGGUGGAAAUGUAUUACGAAGCUUUUCCUCCCCUGUCGGAAAAAACUGUUUGUCUUCAGGAAAUUAUGACGGUGUGGAAUAAGGCAAAAGCUUGCUCUUAUUCAAGUUCUUCAUCAUCUUCCGCUGUUCCUCAGACAAGCACUGACACCUCCUCUCCAAAGGAUUGUAACAGUGAGGGUGAAACUGGAAAAGAAAAAAUAGUUGAAGCUUGCAGUACAUUGAAUGAACGUACCCAACAGAGAAGAAGUAAAAAGGAAAAAGAGAACCGGUACUAUAACCACAUGGUAGAUGACAGAGCUGCUCAUAGUAAAAAGCAGAUUAAGCACAGAUCUGAUGGAAAAUUGCGCCCUCGCUCUUGGUCAUCUGGCUCCAGUGAAGCUGGCUCUAGCUCUAGUGGGAACCAGUGUGAGAUAAAACCACCAGUGAAAUCCAUCAAAAUAAGGCAUAAGACAAGGGACAUGGGUAGAAACAAAAAGGGUCGAAACGGUCAAGUCAAGUUAGCAUUAAAGACUGCGGAAAAAGAACAAAGAAGAAGCACAGGUGGAAGUAGUAGCAGUGGGCCCACUAAACAGCUGUGCAAAAAGGGGAAGAGGCCAUUAAAAGAAAUUAGAAAAGAUUCCAGCUGCAGUGAGAUUACAGAAUUUGGCUUUGAGAGUAGACAUAAAAAAGAAUAUAAGGAAGAACCAUUGUGGUAUACUGAGCCAAUCACCGAAUAUUUUGUUCCUUUUAGCAGGAAGAGCAAACUUGAGACUACAUACCGAAAGAGUCUGGAUUCACGAGAUGUUCUUUCUGCACCUGCAGAUGUUGAAAAGCUGUCUGAAUCAAUGCAAGGUAUUUGUAUCGCAGACAGCAGUUUUCAGCGAACAUACCUCACUGCAGGUACUUUCGUUGAUGGUCACUUUGUGGAAAUGCCUGCUGUAAUAGAUGAGGCUGAUGACCUCGAUGGGACCUCAAGCUGCCCUCAACCAGAGGACAGUAGAGAUUUAGAUGAUGAGCAUCUGUCCGAAUUUACUCACUUCUAUGAAGUGGAUAUUUAUCAAUCCAUAUUGGAUACUAGUGCCUCAGACUCAAUACAAGAAAGUCGAAUUUUAAGUAUGAUUCAACAAAAGAGCAAAGAGCAAAGAGACUUUGAGGCAGAAUGUUGUGUAGUGUUAGACGGACUUGCACUGCAAGCGGAAAGUGCAAUAAGGGCAGAUUCACACAGCUUUGUUGGAGCAGAUGGGGUUUUUUUGCAAGAUCUUGAAAAUGUAGCUCAAGUUUGGGAAUGUUAUUCAUCUUCUAGUUCUGAAGACAUUGAUGGGGAAAGCUUUACAGGGGAGUAUCCUGUUAGACUCUCCCCUAUAUUGGACAAUACAUUAUUCAAUGCAAGCAGGUUUUCUGGAAAUCAAGAAGAGUAUUUUUCAGAACCCAAUGAAGGAUUAAACUCUUCUUGUUUUUCACUCUUUGAAGUGCAAUAUGAUGGCUCCACUUUACCCUUUUCCUGUGACUCACUAACUAUUGGUCAUGAAAACACAGAUUCUAAUAGCUGUACGGAUCCACUUGGAAGUAAACAGUCUCGUUUGCUAAUAUGGACUAAAAAUAGUGCCUUCGAUGAAACUGAACACUGUUCCAGUCUCUCAACACGAACUUGUAGCCCAUGGUCACAUUCAGAAGAAACACGUUCUGAUAAUGAGACUAAUGUUCAGUUAGAGGAGUCAGCACAUUUGAACAUAGAAGAGAUUAAUUGUAUAGUCCCUAGCAUCUCCUCCAGAUAUCUAGAAGAUGAGCUUUUAGACUUUCUGCAUGAAGAUGCAUGUCAACAAAAGGAUGAUAUUUUAAGAGAAGUACCUGACCUGACUUUUAAAAAGAAAUCCAAGCUUGAGUCAGUGUGUGGAAUCCAGUUGGAAAAAGAUGAAAGCAAACCUUAUGACACAGCAGACAUUUUUUCAGAUGAUCCAAACCAACAAAAUGAGAACUACAGCUCGGGGAUAAUAAAGGACAUUUGGACAAGUAUUGGCGAUGGAGAUUCAGUAGCAACACUAGAAGGAGAAAGAACAGAGGAUGGGUUGUUUCCUGUUGAGGCAAAUUAUCAUUGCUGUUGUUUAGACGUAGAAACAGCCACUGAUGCACUGCAAGUGCCCCAGAAAAAGGCAGUUCAGCGGUCAGAAUAUCAUUUGUGGGAUGGUCAAAAGGAACAUUUGGAGGAACAAACAGUUAUAAGAGGUGAGCUUUCAAAGGUAGAUGGUGGUGAUUAUACAACACCAUCAAAACCGUGGGACAUGAAUCCUGAUAAAGAUCACAAUGCAUUUAUUCUUGGAGGAGUCUAUGGAGAGCUUAAAACCUUUAACAGUGAUGGAGAUUGGGCAGUUGUACCACCCAGUCAUACUCGAGGGAGCUUAUUACAAUGUGCAGCUUCUGACGUGGUGACAAUAGCUGGUACUGAUGUUUUUAUGAACACAGGUAACUGUUUUGCUCCUGGCCACAAACCUUUAUGGAGGCCAUUGGUUUCAUUUGGGCAGUGUGACCAGACAAUAAAAGGCGGAGAUGGAUUGAACAAGGGAUUUUCUUUCAUCUUCCAUGAAGAUUUAUUAGGAACCUGCAGCAAUUUUCAGAGUGAUGAGUCGGGGCUUGAUUAUUCAUUUUCAUCCUUUGAUUUGAACAAUCCAUUUUCGCAAGUUCUUCAUGUGGAGUGUUCAUUUGAGCCUGAAAAUAUUGCAUCGUUCAGCCCAAGUUUCAAGCCCAAGUCAAUACUGUGUUCAGAUUCAGAAAGUGAAGCUUUUCAUCCUAGAAUAUAUGGGAUAAACCGAACACAGUACAGAGCUAUUCGUAUUUCACCUAGGACUCACUUUAGACCGAUUUCUGCCUCUGAACUUUCUCCUGGAGGAGGAAGUGAGUCAGAGAUGGAAUCAGAAAAAGAAGAAUUGAGUCUUCCUGUUCUCCCUCAGUCAGAUGUGUUUGAAGAUCCACAAGCAGAUCUCAAACCACUGGAGGAAGAUGCUGAGCGUGAGGGCCCAUACUAUGGAAAGUCAGAACUUGAGUCUGGUAAAUUUGUACCUAGAUUAAAGAAGUCUGGUAUGGAAAAGAGUGCACAGACGUCUUUAGAUUCCCAAGAAGGCUCCAGUGUCCUCUUGCCAAUAGUAGAGCAGGAAAUGUGCAACUGUGAUGAAGAGGCAUCAGUUGUGAGCAAACAAUUACACGAUCAUCUAAAAGAUUAUGAAACUGAGGAAUCUAGUAAAGAAGAGGCAUGUAAAUGUUCAGCGGCUGGGCACAUCUCAAAAUUUGGGAAAACCUGUGCAUUUACAGAACUGCAAGAGUUUCCUUCGCUAAACGUAUCUGUGAAGGGAAGUAUUGGCAACCAGCAGGAAGAGUGCUGGUGGCAAAAAUCUAUCUGUUCACCACUUUUUCCAGGAUCACAGUGUUCUGAGUGCUGCACUAAAAUCAAGGAAACAGCUGGUGUUAAGAGUUAUGAUAUACAAGAAAAUCCUCAUAAUGGAGCUCCUGUUUUACAGCUAAAUACGACUGCAUCAGCUUGUGACUCCAACUGUUUUGGAGAGAAAAACUCUGGAGCUAGAGCAACUGGUUUCCGGAGACAACUUUUUUCCAGUGAUAGCCCUAGUUCUGAUGAAACUGCUUCAGAAAAUGGAAGUGACUGGGCCGAUCCUUGUGAAGAGCUUUUUUCUCGAACGCAUCUUUAACUCUGCUUAUUAAGACAUUAAAUUGAAACUGGUCUAUCAAUAAGAUAAAAAGUAUGUCUUAUUGAUAACCUAUUAUUGUAAACUGUAACUUUUAGUUUCAUUAUUUCAGUUAAUUUCUUCAAGCAUUUAUCUUGCUAUUCUUGAUAAUUUCAGUUAGGCAUUAGGGACAAUCCUAAAUUUAAAACCUAUUAAAAAAAAUUAUAUAUAUAUAUAUAUAUAUAUAUAUAUAUAUAUAUAUAUAUAUAUAGUUAGUUUUUCUGAAUCCUUUGCGUUUUGAACUAGAGUAGUUGUGGUGUCAGAAUGGUUGUGCAUGUGCCUGCCUGUCUUAUCAGUAUCACUGCUUAUUUUACAGCGUAACUGCUACAGCAUACAUUAAUCAAAUUUGAUGACAUUGUUAAAAAAAACAUCUACUAGCACUGCAGUGUCUUUUUACAUCUGAUACUCAGAGAAUCUUAGCGUAUGGCACAGUCUUAGGCUUGUUGUGUAAGAACUUGGCGUUUAUACUUUAAUUAGAUCAGUGCCUUUCUGAAUGCAGGAGAAAAGCACGAAUGCAUAGUCCAGUCAUUAUUUUGAAGAUAAAAUGACUAUAUCAUGAAACUUUUCAAUAGGAAUGACAGGGUUGCGCUUAGUCUAAAAUAACUUUUUCACUGAACAUAGAUUCCCUGAAGGCCCAGAUUUUCCCUUUAGGUUGAUGUAAAAUCUUAAAUCCAAAAAGUUACUAAUGAAUGAGUGGUUUAAGGGAUUCUGGCACAAUAACCAAUUAACUUAGGCUAUGUAUUAUGGACAAUGUAGCCCUGAAUCCAUGAAACACAAGGUGGUCCUUGGCAGGAUGCCUGUGAUGACAUUUGUUGAGGGGACAGGUUCUUUAAAACCAAUUUAGUACAGAAGAUGUUGGUGCUAGCAAUAUAUAAAAAUUCUGUGGCAGUUAUAUAUUGUGGCUGUGAUUUAGUAGGUCUUGUUGUUCUGUUUGUCUUUAUGGAAGAGUGUAAGGAUAAGUUGUUUAUCAAAACAAAAAAAAGAUUCUCUAUUAACAUGUGUGACUGCUAUAGUGGUUGUCGCUUAAUGUGGCUUGCUUUUUACUUUUAUCUUUUUUUUUAAAUAAGUCAAAAGGUAGACUUGGUGUAACAUGCUGUCGUCUCCUUUUCCUUUUAACAAAAUUCAACAUUCAAAAAGUAAAGACUACACAUCACUAUCUUUUUACACUAGAAACACAUCUGCAGCAGCUAGUGUGAAAGUCGACUUAGAUAGAUCAACAGGCAAUAACAGUAGUAAAAUUCAAUUGUUUUCAGACAAGAACAAACUGAGAGGAACCGACUUUGAAAUAUGUUCUUGAUGUUGUGUACAUUUACAACACCAAAAUAAUAAUAAUAAUAAUAAUACAAAAAAGUUUAUAAAAAUUAAAAAAUGAAAGCUCCCUUGCCCGUGAAUUGUUUAUCUUCUGGCUUGGCUAUACAUUUAAAAUAACAAGUUGUAAUAGUAUAAUCUCCUAGGUUUCUCCCCCCCCCCCAUAGUAUUUAUUUUAAAUUGAUAUAGCUUAAAACAAACAAACAAACAAAAAAACAAUUUUAAAAUAGAUAUAUAGUUCAAUUUUAGAAAACAAAAAAUAUUUAUUUAUUUGUUUUAUUUAUUGACUGAGUUCUUUAUAAGUAGCACUUUUUUUACUGGGUUUCCUGAAGCAUUUAUAAACCAGUGCUUUAAAAUUGAAUGUGGAUUACUUUUUUGAAUAGGCAUAGUCUUCAGAGUGGUAGAGGCUUCAAACCUCUGCUAACAAUCGCUGAAACACUGAAAAUUCUAAAGAAUGUAUUCCAAAUACUGUCUUCCACUCAGUUUAUUUUGCAUGAAACUUCCUUCUCAAGUGAGAAAAGGCUGAACAAUUAUGGGGUGCUGUUUCAAACAAAGGAUGCAUGCUGAUCUAAAACUCCAGCACCUUUUGAGUGAGAAAUACACCAGACAUGGAGUAGAGAGAGAGCAGUGACAAAAAAAGUUUUGUGAUUUUUUUUUUUUUUAUUAUUUUUUUUAAAAAUAUUUUUCUUUGUGUACAAAGUCACAAAACACAGGAUAGUUGGUGUAUAUUGAUUUUAUGUGGUUAGUGUUUAUGUAAGUGAAAUAAAUUGGAGAACUGUUACUAACAAAAAUAUGCAUUAUAAAUGAUGUACAGAGGUUAACAGAUAUAUUGAUUGCACUGUGGUAUGAUAGCCAUAGCACUGAAACCUUGGUUCUCCAUUCCUUUGUUGUAACUUAUGUUUGUUUUUUUUAUUUUCUCGAUUUCAAGUGGUUGUAUUGUUCUAAUUUUAUCUACACCAAAGUAAGUGGUUUAGUUUAAUUGUGGAGUUACUUAACAUCUAAUAAAAUAAAAUAAAAUCCA